CGUCCGAGGAGCGAGUGAACUAGUGCUGCGUGAUGUUGGGCAUCGCGGUGUUCCUGACGGCGAUCCUGGCGGUGGCCGGGGAGGACCUCGAUUCCACUGACGUUGUCGAUACCGUCCACGCCUUGGACCCUUCCAGCCUCGUCGGCCAGCUGAAUGUGUCCCUGUUUGAGAAGCUAUUGUUAAGGACUCUACCUCAAGCAAUGAUCCCUCUGCACCACAACUGCACCGACUACAGCGAGACGGGCGACUGCGGCCUGGUGGUGGAGAACAAACUAUGCAGCACCACGUUAUUCUACGCGCGCUACUGCUGCCGCUCCUGCACCUUGGCCAAGCAGAUCCCCACUUACGGGCCUCACCUCAGGCUCACCGCGAAAAUCCCUGUAACUGCCAGGAUCACCACCGACACGAGGGAAUUUCGUUACGGCGAGAACGUCACCGUCACCUGCGAGGUCUCUGGGUCUCCGGUGCCUGAAGCGCUGUGGUUUGUGGACGACAAGUACUUCGACGCCAGUGGACAGCCGAAUGCAACUGUUGAAGACCUUGGAGGAAUCCUGAGGAAGACGAGACGAGAAACCAUCACAAUUCCGGCCACCAUGUUUACUAAUAAUUCCCUCUGCAUUUGUGUAGCCAUGAACACUGAGGGACGUUACGAGAGCCACCUAGAUAUUUCUAUCAAAAAGGACAUAGGCAUAUCAUUUGAAAUUUUACCGGGAGGGAGAUUAUUCACUCUCACGGAUAAUAUAACUUUGGAGUGUACUGCUCAGGGAGUCAGCCUGAAGGACAUCGGUUGGAAGAUGAAUGAAGAGAUCCUCCAGAGCUCCGACAGCUAUAACAUUACUGAGGAAAGGAUUGUGGAAGAUGGAGAGACAAGGAUUCACUCCAACAUCACUUUCCUGCGACCAAAAGUUAUGGACGGCUAUGUACUGUGUUUCGCGACCACUCUCGCCGGGGAUUUCAAGACUACUUCAACACGCAUAAUAGUGAAUGAUAGGGGCAUUCAACCUAGCUGCAAGGACAUCGCGGACAGGCAGGAGUGCUUCGACGGCAGGUUCAACUGCGACAGAGAUUACGUCCAAAAUUACUGCUGCAGAACUUGCACGCUGAUGGGCGCAAUGCCCGUUGAACCGCACCUUCCAAGCAGCGCUGAGGCACCACUGGAUGUUUACCUCUGGUUAUACUCCAGAGACGUUCUCUACGGAGAAAAUAUAAUAAUGACCUGUGAUACUACUGGUUAUCCCGGGACACAGAAAGUCGUCUGGUAUAAAGGGAACACAAUGAUUGAAGAGAGUGACCACCACUCCAUAGAAGAAACGGUGUUCAAGUCCCCAAUGUCCUGUGACGUCAGUUCUUCCCUCAUCAUCAGGGGACUGACAAAGCGCGACUUCGGCAAGUACACGUGCAAAGCGGUCAACGAUAUCACGGAGUCAGAAUCAAGUGCAGUGUUGCAGAUAACACGCGACAAUAAAUUUGUGUUGUAUCAAUAUGAUGACUAAAUGCCGCAGCUGAAAGAAAGAGCUGUUUUUUACAGUACGUUUUACGUUGUUGGAUAACAUUUCAGAAUUAAAUGCUCCAUGUUUUACUUUCCCACGCAUAUUAAAAGUUAAUGCCUUUUUGUAGCAUUUCCGAAAUCCCUAACAUUUUUUACACUUUGAUACAUGCUUCCCCUUUACGCGUACAUUAUUGGAACCUGUCGACAUUUGCUUGCCUGCAACUUGAUACGAUUUGAUACACUCCGGCUAGAAAAUCAGAGCACGAUAUUUUUCAGGUAUAUUUCACGGAGUCUCAGAUAAGGAUUCAUAUUUUCUUUAAUUACUAAUAGCACCAUAAGCUUAUUGAUAUAACUUAUUGUUGUAAAGAUGAAUAAAAUGUUUGUGUGCUUCAAAUACAUAUCAUAUGGUUAAGAUUUAAAGUCAAUCAUGACGGUCGCCGGAACGACAUGGUAAGAAUUUUCAAUGUGUCCGAGUCAUAUGACGUGGUAUUGACUUCAGUGGGAUGAAUGUCUUCAAAAUA